CAGCUGGGUGGAGACUCCUGAGGAGGCCAGUUUUUCUCACUUGCACUUCCCUGUUGGCACAGUGUGGAGGACAGCAGUCACAGAGGAAGAGACGACACUGAAAGAACUCUCAUUUAGGAGCAAAAGAAUGCUUUACACUGAGUUACUGCGGUUAUGGGAUGAGUCGGUGCAGGCUGUGGAUGUCAAAGACUGGAAAAGAGCUCUGGCCACACUCGAGCAGAUCAGUGAGCCCACUUCUCGCACGUUUUUCAACACUGCCUCAGCUCACCUGGCCCUGGGACAGCUGGACCUGGCCAUGAGGGCGUUACACUUCUGCAUCUCUAAGGAUGAACGUCUUGCUGUCGGAUUCUUCCAAAGAGCAGCCGUGAUGAUGCAGAUUAACAGGUUGGAGGAGGCGCUAUCAGACUGUAUCUGGGCACAGAAGCAUAUGAGAGGGAAUGUGGUCAUUGACUACAAACAGCUGGGACUGAGAUUCAAACUCUACAGUUGGCAGGUGUCAUACAAUGCAGCAGCUGUGUACUGUCGAAUGGGCCAAUGGGAACAGGCCAGAGACGUCCUGCUGUUGGCCUCUCAAGCAGGACGAGGGACAAACAUAGAUGCGGCUUUGGACAGCAUUGCGAAAAAAGAGGUCUUGGCUCCUCUCCUGGUGCCUGAGGGUGUGGUGUUUCGUCCCAGGAAACAGGACGUGGAGCAGCUGCAGCAAAGAGACUUCUUGGGGAAGCCAAAGGUGAUUUCCUCUAUGAUUCCCAAUGAUGAUUUUGGAGGUUUUGAACCUCUGAGGCUGCAGAAACCUGGUUUCUAUGAACCCAAGACGGAUGGAGCUCAGGAUUCUCGAUACAUGCGUGUGCGGGGUGCUUACAUGGCUCGGGCCCCGGGACACCUGACUGUUCCAGGAGGGGCCAUGGUGUUUUUAUUUGGAGAGGAGGACAGAGACGGGAUGACAGCAGUCAUAUAUGAUGGACAGAGAGGACUCCUGCCAGUGUCCCUGCUCGAACCUGCAGAUGUCAAGAUGUCCAGUGGCAAAAAGCAAAAUAAAGUUCCCAGUGGGAUCCCCCUCCCACCAGGGUUCAAGCCUCCCACUCGACCACAGGCCCAGAACAGCCCUGCAGCUCCUCCUCAGGGUAGAGCUCAAUCACACACCUCCAAAUCAGCACAUUUUAAUGCAGACACUCCACCUCCAUCCUACACUGCUGCCACCCACGUGCUGCCAACAGCCUCAGAACCUUCCAAGUAUGCAGCCACUGCAGCCAGCGACCAGGCUAGCUCACUUCAGGGAUCAGAGACGGGAUCUGUGUUGGUGAAGGUCCACUACAUGUACACUAUGGCUUUGUCUGUCCCGCUUAACACGUCAUACGAUGAAAUGAAGGAACGAAUCGCACAGAAAUUAGGGCAACCAGCAUCUCAGCUGCGCCUCAGACAUAAGCAGCAUGGCUCCCAUGUGCUGACACCUCUGCGUGGGGAAUUGGAGCCAGGUGGCACCAUGCAGGAGGUGGCUGAGGCCGGCAGAGUCACCCUGUGGUGCCAGACAGAGGACCCUCUGGCCAACCGCACCAUCCUCUACCAAAUGGUGGCGCUUUAUGACUACGCUUCUCAGGGCUCAGAGGACCUAGAAUUUAGUGAAGGAGAUACCAUUGACAUCCUGGGAGAAGUUAAUGAAGAGUGGCUGGAGGGACACUGUGCAGGAAAUAUUGGCAUCUUCCCCCGCUGCUUUGCCUACAUGGAGGACAACAACGUCAAUCGGAGCUCAGAAUUUUAAAUGCACAUGUGCCUCUGUGCUUCUCUUACAAAAACCAUUAACCUGUGAAUGGUGGCUAUUUAUAGCCUCAGAACAACCAAACGGCAACCUUGCAGGGCCUAACGUGCAUUCAGUGCUAACUAUGGUAUGAAUACAAUGUUUCUGUUGUAGCUCAGAGUAUUACUGGAAAAGUGUUUUUGCUGACAAUACAUAUCCAUAGACCUACACGGCGAAGAAAUGGAUUUAUGGGUAAUUGCAAGUCACUGAGGCUUACAAAAAGCACCUGAAACCCCAAAUCGCAAGCUGACUGGGUGAUUAAACUUCUCUGAGGACAUGAGAUGCGAUGACAGCAUACACACUACAUAGAAACACAAGUGCAUCUCAUAUUAUUGCAAUAUGAUGGGAAAGAUUCAACAUAUUCAUCAGGCAUUGCUCAAAUGGGAAAAUAUAUAUAUUCUCACGCAUAAACUGAAAUAUUUCAAGCCUUUAUUUGUUUUAAUUUUGAUGCUUACAGCUCAUGAAAGCCCCAAAAUCAAUCUCAAAAUCAAUGAACCCUAAAUGCUCCCACACAAGACCUUUAAUCCGUCAACUGGCAGAACUCAAAAUGUCUGCCUUUAAGUUCUUAGUCUGACUGAGUAUGCACAAACACAGCCAUGGGGAGGACUGCUGACCUGCUGUCCAGAAGACAAUCACUGACAAGGCAUACAACUUGAAAGUACAUCGUCUGACAGGAUCAGCUGUUCACAGAUCGUUCUAUCAAAGAAUAUUAAUGGGAAGGUAACUGGAAGGAAAAGGUGCCGUAAGAAAAGGUGCAGAAGUAAAAGGGAUGACUGCAGACUUGAGAGGAUGGUCAAGAAAAAGCGCAUUCCAGAAUGUGGGAGAGAUUCACAAGCAGUGAACUGAAGCUGGAACCAGUGCAUCCAGAGCCCCGUAACUGACGCGGCCGGGAAAUGGACUUUGCAAAGUCUCUCCUGAACAUCCAACAACAUCAGAAGCAUCUUACCUGGGCUAAGCAAAGAAAGAACUGGACUGUUGCUAAGUGGUCCACAGAAGGUAAAUUUUGCAUUUAUUUCAUGAGCAAUAAGCUUUUAGCUUCAAAGUUGAAACAAAUAAAGGCUUGAAAUAUUUCAGUGUAAGUGUACGGAGUCUAGAAAAUCUAUAUUUUUCCCUUUUUGCAAUGUCUGAUGCAUGAUUUGAGAUGCACUUGUGCAAAAGAAACAAGUGACCUGCUUGCAUGAGAAUAAUUUCAACUUGUGUCUAUGAUGCAAAAAACAUAUGUUUACAUUAAACCUGCUUUCCUUUUCCUGUUUAUAUACCCUCUGGUACCACUGCAAUAUUCCUGUCAUAUCCUUUAAUGUUCAAAUGAGAUUGAAUUUAAAAAUUUCACCCAAAGUUUUUACAGUUUUUUUUUUUUUUUUUUUUUUUACAGGGUUGUAUUAUUGGUUUGAUCUGACAGCUGUAAGGUGUGUUCGGUUUGCUAUGCUUAUCUGAUGUUAGCUGGUUAUCGUUGUCAUUAUAGGAAUUGUGGUGAAUUAGUUGUUUAUAGUAGUAAAUAAAGGAAUUUAUACA